AUGGCUCCCAACAUUAUCGAACGCAUUCAACAAAAGAUUGAGCUUUUCCGUCUCGAGCAGCGUUACACCCGCCGUCGUGACCGCCGUUCUACCUUCGUCUCCAACGCCGUCUACGUGGAUGGUGAGUACGUCUACCAGACUCCCAACUCGACCGGCUCCUCCUCGACCGGCAGCACCAGGAGCAAGGAGUCUGCCUCAGCCCGCGUCAACGCUCUACACCACUCAGAGCCCGUCUCUCCCACGAUCGCUUCCACACAAACCGAACCCAGCAAGAAGCGACUGAGCCGUUUCGCUUCCAUUUCCGGCUUCGGAUCAUCAAACAAGCAGAGCCCAACACAGGACUGGCGGACAAGCCACGUCACGGUCGAUGAGGUCCGACGGUAG